AUGACCCAAAUCUUCCUAGUACCAGAGCAGAUCCAAAAUUUCGCCCAAUGCUGCCCUCGAACGUGGGCAGGAGUCACGAGAGGAGAUCUUAGAUGGGAAUCAGAGAAUGAAGAAACCCCGGUUGGCGCAGCGAAUGACGUCACGACCAUGAUGACUGCGUCUUGCUUAGAACGACUAUGGUCGGUAGAUCGUGAUGAGUUCGCUCCGCCCAAUACCGUACACCAAAACGAGAAGCGGGCGGGCGGCGCCGGCCAGGACUCCCAGUCAGACAUUUGCAAGAUGCGCGGGCUUGGAGCAGGUCUGUUGCUCGCCACCCUCUCCACCCUUAUGCCGUCGUCGGCGGGCGCCCCUGAAGGUCCGAAGAACUGUAACGAGAUUCUUUCAAGUGGUGGUGAUCAGCAGGAUCUUCUUCUAUGUCAACUAAGCGAAAGCAGUACGUUGCUGGCUCAGCUCGGCAUCCUCGUCUCCGAAGGGCUCGACAGACUUAUGCAAAACCAAGGCAUUGCCACAGUUGAGGAACCAGCCGGCGAGGUGGACGAAACCGGAGUUGAGAAGAGAAAACACGAGUAUUUAAGAUUUGGAAAGAGAAAGCACGAGUACUUGCGAUUCGGAAAGAGAAAGCACGAAUAUUUGAGAUUCGGCAAGAGAAAGCACGAAUAUCUCCGCUUUGGACGCAAGUAG